GCGAUGUUCGGUCGUUUGAUAUAAAACGGCGCGGCCCCCGAUCGGCCCCUCAGUCACCCAUCUGCGCAUUAGCUGGAGCUUCUGACCUCAAGCCACCGCGUUUCUGCCAUGUUCGCCGUCCUGAUCAUCGAAGCGCUGCUCGCCGGCGCUUUCGCCAGGCCAUCUGCCAAUUACUUGGAAAACGACUUUGGUGUCGGGAGCAAUUCGGAGGGGGUGCGAUCCGAGGCUCUGAGGAGGCUCCUGGAGGUGUUCGGCAUGGAGGACCCGCCUCACGCCAGGGGCCACGUGCAGCCCCCCCAGUAUAUGAUCGACCUGUACAACACGGUUGCAGACGUGGACGGAGUUACCAAAGACCCGAACCUGCUGGAGGGAAACACCGUUCGGGGCUUCUUCGACAAACUUCGCAGCGAGGAAAUCAAGUUCAUGUUUAACUUAUCAACGGUGUCUAAAAGCGAGAAGGUGCUGGCCGCUGAACUUCACCUCUUCAAGCUGCGCCCGCAGUCAGUGCAGAGCUUCAGCAGACACCACUUCUGCCAGGUGAGUGUUUACCAGCUUCUGAAUGGCAGAAAGAUGGAUUCAGCACUGGACAAGAGAUUGCUGUCCUCCAGGCUGAUGCCCAUUCAUUCCAGUGGUUGGGAAGUGUUUUCCAUCACACAAGCGGUGCGGUCCUGGAUGUCCGAUGAAGAUAGUAAUCUGGGUCUGCUGGUCAGUAUUCGAGGUCUGGGGGGCAGCCAGCUGGACCCCUCCCUGGUACGCUUUGCGUUGGGACGCAGCCACCACCAAAGCAAACAGCCCAUGCUGGUGCUGUUCACAGACGACGGGCGCCGCACCCCAGCGCAGGAGGGCACACUGAAUGGUCACAGUGGCUCCCCCCUCCCUGUCCCUGCUGGUGUCCCAUCUAGGGAGUCGCGCGUCGCCCGCUCGCUUGACGAGGAACUGCCACAGGGGGCGCCAUGCCAGCGCCUGCCACUCUAUGUGGACUUCGAGGAGAUCGGCUGGUCCAGCUGGAUUGUGUCGCCACGGGGCUAUAAUGCUUACCACUGCAAGGGCUCCUGCCCCUUCCCGCUGGGCCAGAACAUGCGGCCUACGAACCACGCCACAGUGCAGUCCAUCAUUAACGCCCUGAAGCUCACCCGCGGCAUCGACACGCCCUGCUGCGUACCCGACAAGCUGUUCUCCAUCAACCUGCUCUACUUCGACGACGACGGCAACGUGGUGCUCAAACAGUAUGACGACAUGGUGGCAGGAAGUUGUGGAUGCCACUAGGGGACCUGACCAUCAGCCCCUCCACUUCACACCUCAUUGGCUGCUGGGAAGCCACGCCCCCCUCAGGGGUCCAGUACUCCAAUAGUCACAGGAUGGUUAGAGGAGCGACCCAUCAUGGUGUACUUGAUUGGCUAAAAAUGAGAGAAGGUUGGGUUUCCUUAAGCAGACAGCACUGCAGGAGGAGAAAGGGGAGAUCAGCUGAGGAGAACCUGGCCCUUUGACCACAGACACUCCCAUGCACCCUGGGAAAAGCCCUGAUCUCCCACUGUAAAAUAUGUAAAUACCUAAAAAUCAUAAUAUAUGUCCGGGCUUGGCGAUAUAUCUUGUGAAAUUUGUAAAUAUGUAAAUUAUUUGCCGCAAAGCUAAGAAUUAUGAAAAUGAGUAAACAGUUAAACAAGA